AUGCCUGAACACGAGCCCUCGGCCACGACGCCGCUUCUUGGCGGAAUACGUCGCUCACAGCCAACAACAGCCAAGAUCUGGAAGAACCCCAUCCUCGAUUGGCCCGGAAUCACCGCCCAAAUCCUCAUCCUCGCCCUCGUCGCAAUUAUCUGGUCCUACAUCCUCGCCCACCCCGUCAUCCUUUUCACCGGCCACCCCCUCGCCCAGUCGCUGGCCAUUCUCAUCCUGACGCAGUCCGUCCUCGUCCUCCAGCCGACGCACGACGCGGCCCAGAAGCGCCAGGGCCAGCGCGUCCACGCCGUCCUCAACCUCGCCGCCUUCCUCCUCCUCGUCGCCGGCGUCACCAUCAUCGAGGUCAACAAGUUCCGCUCCCACGGGCCCCACUUCCACUCUCUCCACGGCUACCUCGGCGUCCUCGUCGCCGCCCUCAUCGUGCUGCAGUACCUCGUCGGCUUCACCAUGUGGGCCAUCCCCUCGCUCUACGGCGGCGAGGACCGCGCCAAGGCCGUGUGGAAGUACCACCGCGCUUCGGGCUAUGUCCUCUACGUCGCCCUGCUCGCCACCGUCCUGACGGCCGUGUGGACCGACUACAACAGGAACCUCGCGCGCAUCCCCGCCUGGCUGCUCAUCGUUGUCGAGGCGGCGCUGCUCGGCGUCGUCGUGCUGCGGGUCAACCGCGCGAAGCUGCCCUUUGGCGGCCAGAAGGAUCAGGGGACGCAGGUGACCGUUGCCGGUGGGGAUGAGGAAUAA